GCACUUGUCACUCAGCUGAUUCAAGUCGUGGUUCGUGCGCGGAGUUUAGUUGCACGCGCUGACUGCAGGUAAAUGGAAUAGAGAAUAGAGUGUCGUUUGCAGCUUAUAUAGAAAGUUGACUCCUUGAUGUCCGGUGUAUUUUAACUCUUUGUUACGUAGUAUUUCAGCUGUAAGGAGAAAUAUUUUCAGCCUGAUACUUUCGCUCACCUGUUGGUCACCUUUCACUCAUAAUGGCCACGCGCGUGCGACCGAGUAGUAAACGGUGUGCAGUUGUCGGGGGCUCUGGUUUCCUGGGCAGACACUUGGUGGAGAAGCUGCUGGAGCGAGGAUACACUGUGUGUGUGUUUGACAUCCGUCAGAGCUACGAGCUGCCUGGUGUCACCUUCCACCAGGGAGACCUCUGCGACAAACAGGCUCUGCUGCCGGCUAUGAAAGAUGUGUCCCUGGUCUUCCACUGUGCCUCCCCAGCCCCUGCCAGCGAUGACCGCGGGCUGUUUGAGAGGGUCAACAUUCAGGGCACACGCACAGUCAUCGAGGCCUGCAUGGAGGCUGGAGUACAGAAACUGGUCCUGACAAGCAGUGCCAGUGUGGUGUUUGAAGGGACAGACGUUAAGAAUGGGAGAGAAGAUCUACCAUAUGCCAAGAAGCCCAUCGACUAUUACACAGAGACCAAAAUUGAGCAAGAAAAGCUGGUCCUCCAGGCUUGUAACAAGGAGAAGGGUUUCCUCACAGUUGCCAUUCGGCCUCAUGGCAUCUUUGGCCCUCGGGAUCCACAGCUGGUACCCAUCCUGGUGGACACAGCUCGCAGGGGCAAGAUGAAGUUCAUCAUCGGUGACGGGACCAAUCUGGUGGAUUUCACCUUUGUGGAGAAUGUAGUUCAUGGUCACAUCCUGGCUGCUGAGCGCCUGAGGCCGGACUCCCCCAUAUGUGGAAAACCGUAUCACAUCACCAAUGACGAGCCGGUUAGAUUCUGGGACUUCAUGUCUGAGGUGUUGGUGGGUCUAGGAUAUGCUGCUCCUCGCUACCACCUCCCCUACACUCUUGUGUACGGACUGGCCCUGCUCCUCUGGCUGCUGGCCCUGAUCCUGCGCCCUCUGGUGUCCUUUAAACCCACCUUUACACCAAUGAGAGUGGCUCUGGCUGGAACCCACCACUACUACAGCUGUGACCGGGCCAAGCAGGACCUGGGCUACAAACCGCUGGUCAGUCUGAAGGAUGGGAUAGCACGCACAGUGCAGAGCUACCCUCACCUCAGACAAGGAGCUUGAUGAUAGAACUAAAGGUGAAGACUGUACAGGUACACUCACUGAGAUUAAAGUGAUCAGGUCAUCCUGAAUGGACAGUUCAAAACAAGGGAGACAGUUUAUCUUUAUUCAAACACUGUAGUAUUUGUGUACUUUUUUUAACACUUAUGUGCCACUCUCACCAGCAGAUGGCAGCAAACGGUUUUGGUUUUGGUCAACACACUGCAGUCUGGUCUUGUCUUAAGCUUUAAAGCACUUGAUAAACAGUGAAACCCCAUGUUUAUGACAACAUAAAUAUACUGAUCUUACACUGUGAAACUUGCAAAGACUUACAGAUAUACUUGUUCCAUUUUCAUGUGUUUCACCAGUGUGCUGUGCAAACACUGAGAUGCUGCUGUUUAUGUCAAAACACAUAAAUACAUUCCACUAAACUAUGAUUCUCAUGACAUUGCUGAUGUGAAAAUAACUGUAUAAAGGUCAAAAGUAUGUGGACAGGGAUGUGGUUUUUGGUCUGGGGUGGUUUUAUUAAGUUUGGGAUACGCUUCUUGGUUUGAAUUAAGCUACAUAUGCUGACACUGUAGACAAUAAUGUGCUUCCAACUUAUAGCAACAGUUUAGGAUUGGCCUUUUCGUGUUACAACAGAAUAAUACCCAUGUGCACAACGCCACAUGCGUAAAGAAAUUGUUUUCUGGGCUUUGUGUGGAAGAAAUUUCCUGCCCUGUACAAAGCCCUGACCUCAUCCACAUCCAGCAGCUUUCGGGUGAAUAAGAAUAGCGACUACGAGGCAGGCCUUUUCACCAGUGGAGGCUGCAACACAUAGCAGUAUAUUACUGCCCAAGGUUUAGAGUGUAUGUUCACAUUUUUUUCAAGUCUGACCUAAAACAUUACAAUAUGUACAUGGAAACAGUUUUUGACUGCUGUACUUGUUUCUCCUGUCCGUACUGGCCAUGAAAGGGUCGCUUCCUUAUGAGAUUCCAAUGCAGAAAUGGGGCACAAACCACAGUCUUUGAUAUGUGAAAAAAGCAUUUCAAAGUUCAUCCAAGGCUAAUACCUGGGCUUUAGCAGAAUGAGACCAAUAGGUAUCUUCCAAACUUACUGUGUACAUGCACACAAUUCCCUAGCUGUGAAACUGUCCCUCUGUCAUAGCUAAAACAAGGAAACACUCCUAAAAACACUGAAUGAUACCCACUUGAUAUGACAAAAUCAGAUCACUGACGUCUCAUGUUAGCUUAGGCUAAACUAAAGAAGGCAUUUUCCACACAACAUGAACUAUCUAUAAUAUCAAAAGGGGGGUGAUUACAGCGAUCAAUAUCCAUUUCAGUGUGUACAUCGGAGUAGUGUGUGUCCACAUACUUAUGGCCAUAUAAUGUAUUUCCGUAUGUGCAUAAUUCACACACAGUUUUCAGAUGUUCCGGUUUUACCAUCUUUCUGAUACUGAGGUAUCUCUGGAAUUAGAUACUAUAUAUCAUCAGGAUGGCAUGAGUUUCUAUGAGUUGCGCAAACUGUUAAAAUACUAUUCAUGGGCUGUCAUCAAAUACAAUAAUGGGAUGGGCUAUGAAAAUGCAUCAUGAAAUAUAAUUACCCUUCUAGUUCCA